AUGUCGCGAGUCAAUGGAAACGGUAGUGCAAGUUCAAGUGAUUAUUAUAAACAUAGGUAUGAUUGUGUUAUAAUCCUAACGUACCAAAGUAAAUGUGUUCAAAACUUUGUAGAUUUUCAGCGUUGUAAGCGAGUAUAUGGAGAGGAAUACAAGGCUUGCAAUUACUUUAUGCGUACGGCACAAUUACUUUGUCCAUCAUCAUGGAUCGAGAAAUGGGAAAAAGAAGUAGAAAACAAUGUGUUUCCAUACAGGAUAUAG